GAACGUCGAAAACUGGACUGAUGGUGAAUAAUCUCUGCGUCAGCGGGACGGAAAAAGUGAAAAUUCAUUAAAGUUUUCCCCAAUAGAAAAUCGAUUUUGCCAACGGGAAAAAGUGCGGAUUGUGACGAUCGGAGUGAUCCGUGUGCGGGACAUAUCGGUGCGUCCAUUAGUGGGUUUCGUGGGUGUGUAUUUUAAAUUGCGUGUCCGUCGUCGUCGUCGUCGUCGUCAUCGCCUCGGGAGCUCGGAAGAAGAAGGAUGUGGUCUUUCUUCUCACGGGACUCGGCCAAAGAUUUUCCGUACGAAAUCGGCGAGCCAGUGCCGCAGUUCGAUUCGCGUAGCAUCUGGUCGCUGCACCGGGGCAAACGGAAAGGUGCCACCGGGGAGGAAGUGUCCGUGUUUGUGUACGACAUCAAGAAUGGGACCGACGUCAAGCUGGAACUGGCCAAGGCCGCCGUGAAGCGACUGAAAACGCUGCGCCAUCCGAGCAUUUUGCAGUUUUUGGACAGUCUGGAGACGGAUAAGGUGCUGUACGUGGCAACCGAGCAGGUGGAACCGCUGGGGACGUACUGCGAGAGGCAGGCCGGCGAUGGACCCCAGCGGGACCUCUACCUGGCAUGGGGAAUUUUCCAAAUUACGCGUGCACUAUCAUUUUUGAACAACGAUGGAAACCUUCGACACAACAACGUUUCGGCGUGGUCCGUGCUGGUCAACGCCAGUGGCGAAUGGAAACUAGGUGGCCUGGAGUACGUCUCGUCAACGGACACAUCGGCCGCACCGCCCAUCAAAAUACCUCCGGCCCUGGAGAUCUACGAUCCACCGGAGAAGAACGAUGCCAACAAGCUGAAGAGCAUGACCAAGUGCUCCACCGAUAUGUGGGGCCUCGGAUGUCUCGUAUGGGAAGCCUUCAACGGCCCGCUGCGGUCGCGCAGCAACCUGAAAGAUAUCGCCAGUAUUCCCAAAUCGCUCGCGCCACUGUACUGUGAACUGGUCGGGGCUUCACCGGCCAGCAGACCCAACCCGGCCGACGUGAUCACCAAGUGUCGCAAGCCGGGAGGGUUCUUCAAAAACGACCUAGUCGACACGUUGCUCUUCCUGGAGGAAAUCCAGAUCAAGGACAAGGCGGAGAAGAAUCGGUUCUUCAACGCACUGACGCCGCAGUUGGACAACUUUCCGGAUAAUGUGUGCAAGAACAAAAUUCUUCCCCAGCUUAUAACGGCCUACGAAUACGGAGACGCGGGUUCGGCGGUGCUUGCUCCUAUGUUCAAGCUCGGACGGUUACUGGACGAAACUGAGUACCAGAAGCGAAUAGUGCCAUGCGUUGUCAAGCUGUUUGCGUCGACGGAUCGCGUGACGCGAUCACGGCUUCUGCAGCAGCUCGAGCUCUUUAUCAAUCACCUGCAGACGGGGGUGGUCAACGAUCAGAUCUUCCCCCAGAUUGCGCACGGUUUUCUGGACACCAAUCCUACCAUUAGGGAACAAACGGUGAAGUCAAUCAUCCACCUGGCGCCAAAGCUAAACUACAACAAUUUGAACGUAGAAGUCCUGCGGCACUUUGCGCGGUUACAAGCACGGGACGAUCAAGGGGGGAUACGUACCAACACGAUGGUUUGCUUGGGGAAAAUUGCUCCACAUUUGCACCCGCAGGUCCGACAACGAGUGCUGGUGUCGGCCUUCAUCCGGGCCAUGCGCGAUCCGUUCCCUCCGGCGCGGGUGGCCGGAAUCCUUGCGCUGGCCGCCACCCAGCAGUAUUUCCUACUGAAUGAAGUUGCCAAUCGGAUUUUGCCGGCCCUGUGUCCGCUGACGGCCGAUCCGGAAAAGACGGUCCGCGAUCCGGCCUUCAAAACGAUACGGGGCUUCCUCGGCAAGCUGGAGAAGGUCAGCGAAGAUCCGAGCCUUCGCGAGAGCAUGGAGGCGGACGUGCAUACGGCGACGCCCUCGUUGGGCAACGCGGCGGCCACGUGGGCCGGCUGGGCCGUGACGGCCGUCACCGCCAAGUUCUACCGAAGUCAAAGUGAUACGGCGCGACCGCGGCCACCACUAACCGGUAAAAAUUUGAGUAAACCUGCUUCGCUGGAACAACCCUCGAGUAGUAGCAUUUCGACGACAACCAGCAGUGUCACGUCGAUGACAUCGCUGGAGCACGAGAGUGCAGACACAUCAGCUUCGGCCAGCGACUAUGGUCCGGAUAACUGGGACCAGGAGAACUGGGGUGACAUGGACACAUCGCAGGAUCCUAGCAGUCCAAUGGCCGGUACAUCGAAUCCGCUGACCACCAGUCUCAAUAUGGUUGGCAGUGUGAACGACACACGGGAUGGCUGGGACAACGAAGAUUGGGGCAGUUUAGAGGAAGUGCCGAACGAAGAUCUGGACGAAAAGGACGAGGACGAUCACAUGCGAACACCACAGCAGCAACAAUCGCGGACGCCCAAUCAACCUUCAACCGCCAAUGCGUCACCUGCGACGAAUUCCAGCAGAGCUGCCUCCACGUCCGCCGCUUCCUCCGCCCUGUCCAGUAGCAGUAACAACACCAACAACAAUCUACCGAACCACCACGCCACCAGCAGUCCGAGCAAGAUGCUGGCUCUGAAAAACAUGACCAACAUCCUGAACAGCACGACCAACAACUCCAACUCCAACUGGGGCACCACCGGGGACGGCUGGACCGACGGGGACUUUGAACCGAUCGACGAGCCCAACACAGGCAAUUCCAAGCUGGACGAAGCCCGGCGGAAGCGCGAGGAGAAAAAGAUGCAACGCCAGCGGGAACUGGAAGCGCGACGGGCCGCCCGAAGUGCCGGCGGGCCCGGUGCUCCCAGCAGUGGCCCGAUGAAGUUGGGCGCCAAAAAGAUCCAGCUCGACUGAGUAAGCGAAACCGGCGGUGACGACGACGAUGACGACCACGAGGAGAAGGAGGAGGAACAGCGAGCGUAAGUGUUUUGUUUGCUGUACGGGGGGACGGGACGGGCGGACCACGCACGGUCCGAAGGAGAGGUGAGUGUGAACAACACACGUUGUUCCUACGUUAUUAUUGGAAUUUGUCACUGUCGGAGAGAGUACUCCGAGGAGAGGAGUAUUUCUAAACGGGGAAAAAACUAAAAUUUACAUAUGAUGAUACCUUAGUUGGAGAUAGAAAAGAAGAUCUGUAUGGUGCAAUCAACGUCUUUGACCGACCGCCUUUUGGAAAGUCACCUCCUUCGGAGGUUGGCGACAUUUUCGAGAUUUGGAAGAUCAAUAGAAGAGGAACUCACAUUCCAUCACUUUCAUCAAUUCGAACGACCAGAGAGAGAGAGGAGUGGGAAGAGAGCGAUGAGAUCGGACAAGUGUUGUAGGAGCAAAAGAAAACAGGGUUUGAAAGGAGUAAGAUUUUUUCGCACCUAUCGAAGGGCAUUGUCAUUUAUCUUGUAUUAGCUUUAACUAGAGAAUUAUACGAAUUUAGAGACUUUUUUCCUAAAUCAACCGCCACAGAGAAUAAUAUGCAUGAGAAAUCAAGAUCGUAAA